GCGCGCGGGGGCUUUCUGUGCGCGGCCCUCGCAGGCACCUCGCGCCGGGCGCUUGGACUCCUCGGUCUCUUUGCUUUGUGAACGAACUGGAUGAAAGAGCUUCACGUUCCUUGGUCGGACUGUGUCUCACUCUGGUGUCGCUUUUCCUUUUUAGCCCGAUCUCGUUGCCACAGAACGCGGUGCUAGGUGCCGUCAGCUGGCUGGCCCCGAGGCUGGGUGCUCCCUGGGGCCCGGUGGGCGCACGCGGGGGUCUGCACAACACCUGCAGGCUCCGUCUCCAUUUCCAUGUACUAUCUGUAACGAUGACCUUUGUAGAGUCGUUAUUUCUGUAGACUUUGUUUAUCUGUACCAAACUUUGUAGAUUCUGUGAAAUGUUAUUUUAAGGAAAUCACUUGAGUCUUUACUAGCAACGCGGCGCCAUGCGGGCGGGCACGGCGGGGCUGGCGGCGGAGGCGGCGGCGAGGGGGCUGCUGGCGGCCGCCCUGGUGGUGCUGGAGGCGCUGCCGCCGUUCGAGCGCGUGGUGCAGCCCGAGGAGCUGUGGCUCUACAGGAACCCCUUCGUGGAGGCCGAGCGCGUCCCCGCCGUGCCCAUGUUCUUCGUCGCCUUCCUGUCGCCCUUACUGCUGAUUGUCCUGGCGAGGCUGUUCCUGGGCGCUGACCAGGAAGACACACGGGAGGCCUGCCUGGCUGCCAGCCUUGCUCUCGUCCUCAACGGGGUUUUCACCAACACGCUGAAGCUCGUGGUGGGCAGGCCACGGCCGGACUUCUUCUAUCGAUGCUUCCCGGACGGACGGGCGAACGCAGAGCUGGCGUGCACGGGCGACCCCAGCAUCGUGGCUGAGGGACGCAAAAGCUUCCCCAGCGGCCACGCUUCUUUUGCCUUUGCUGGUCUCGCCUUCUCUGCCUUCUACCUGGCCGGGAAGCUGCACUGCUUUGCUCCCGGCCAGCGCGGCACAGCUCUGCGGCUCUGCGCCUUCCUCCUCCCCCUGUUCAUCGCCACCCUCAUCGCCUUGUCCCGCAUCUGCGACUACAAGCACCACUGGCAAGAUGUGCUGGUUGGCUCGGUGAUUGGCUUCGUGCUCGCGUACCUCUGCUACAGGCAGUAUUACCCUCCUCUGACGGACUCCAUGUGCCACAAACCAUCUCUGUCUAAAUCCAAACAGCUGCCAGCGCACCAAGAGAAGUCUGCGACUUCCAGCUUUCACCUGGACAUAUAACGAUGGGCUCUGUCCUGCUGGCACCUUU